GUUAUUGACAACGUUUAUAUAUCUCCAGCAUCCGCGGUUCUUUUGAUUUAUUGACAAUGUUUAGGAUUCGUUUUCUAAAAAAAAAGGUGCAAUUGUUACAGUCUUGAGUUUAUAGGGGGUGGGAUGAGACAGACAGACAGAGAGAGACAGUGUGUGUGUGCUGCCUGUUUACGUUGAGUACCUCCUGCUCCUGCAGUGGAAGGCCGCUUGAGUUGUGUUCCGGUGAUUCCCUUCUCCCUUUCCACAGUAAGGGAGCGGCGGUGAAAGCAGCUUUUAUAAGCUUGGUUACCAUGGGCAAUGAGCCUUUGCAGAUUACCAGUCCAGCCGACAACAUUACUGGAGUGCUGAAUUCCCGCUGCACUCUGUUCAAGUCCGAUUCGGAGGAUUAUAAAUGUGUCACUAUCAUUUCUGUGAAGCGAGCCUCUGCUGCCUUCUCACUACUUGGAUGCUCCUUUAUGCUUUUCGUGAUAUGGUUAUUUCGAAAGUACAACUCUUUAGCCCAGAAGAUGAUCUUGAGCCUGACUGUGGCUGCAUUGUUUGACAGUAUUGCCUAUCUCAUGGGAGAGGUUAUCCCAGAUGGUGUCCUUUGCAAUUUUCAGGCCUGGUGGCUUACAUACUUUGACUGGUGUUCCCUGGCAUGGGUUUGUUGCAUAACAGUCAACCUUUACUUCAACUUGGUCAAAGAAAUCAGAACAGAUCACUUUGCAGUUGCAUAUUAUGUUGCAGCGUGGGGUGUGCCUUUCAUUCUGUCCUGUCUUCCACUGCUUGGUGAUUAUUAUGGCCCUGCUGGAGCAUGGUGCUGGAUCACAGAUGAUCAUGUUGCUUGGAGAUUUGGCAUAUGGUACAUCCCAUUGUUUGUCCUCAUCUUUCUGAUGAUGUCCUGCUACAUUCACAUAUUUUAUGUGGCUAAACAGAGGGCUCUAACUUGGUCUGGGCCAUAUGAUCCUGAAAGAGAAAGAAGCAAGAUUUUAUUGAUGCUGGAAAUCAAGCCACUUAAGUGGUACCCCUCUGUAUACCUGGCUGUGUCCCUUUUUCCUCUCAUUAACAGGCUGCACAAUGCAUUUGAUCCAAAUCAUCCUGUUUUUGUCCUAACGCUCCUCCAUGUUAUUACUGCACCGCUGCACGGACUGGCAAAUGCCAUUGUGUUUGGAUUGGACAGGGAAACGUGGGGCCAGCUGAACUUCACAUCACUACAGCUUGCUUUCCAGUCCCGAUUUUCUGAUACAACAUUGAUCAAGGAGUACCAGCCGGGGCCUGUGCGCUACAUGGCCCAUUUGGAAAGUGAUUCCUCAGACUCAUGUGAUGACGGCACAGGAGCAAUUUAUUCAUCGACUGUGACAUCUAGGGACAGGAGGCCCUGACAACAGCAACACCCCGCAACUGAGCAUGUGCACUGUUGGACUGCUAGACAAAGGAAGAACCCCUCUGUGACACAGGAGCUGAGCUGUCAACCCUCAUUAUUAAUUCUAGGGUCUUAAUAUUUAAUGUCAUAAAACUGGAAGCUUCAGAUUUGUAGAUGAGCCAUCAUGCUAAACAAAACACAUAGUUAAAGAGGUUGUUCCUUUCAGUUGUCUCUGGUUUAUAUUACACACUAAGGAAAAAGAUAGUCUAAAGCAAUAGGAAAACUAAGAACAUAAUUUUGAGUAAGAGGGAGAUGUUUGAUGAAAUUGAUGUAAUGGUUGUAUCUGAAAAGUUAAGUGCAGUGUUUUAUUUCAAAACAACUAUUUUUACUUUAUUCCUUUAGUGAGGGCAUUGGAUUCUUAUGUUGAUUUUGUUUUAAUUGUAUUUGAAUGUUUUCAGAACAGUGUGUUCUCAAUUUGGCUGACUUGUCUAUUUGAUUCAGGUUGCGUAGUGAAUUAUAAUGAGUGAAACUAUGACUUUGAUCCCUGUACAGUAUGCUGUGGGGAACGCAGACAGUUCAGGAAGCUGUAAAGGAGAGGAAAUGCACAGUUGCAGAGCCCUAAGUAGACACUGAGACAAAAUGGUGGAGGGCCAUAACCGCAGGACAAUUUCUUUUUUAAAUGUAUACAAUUUUAUUUUAUAAUCAGUUAUUUGAAGAUAAUUGUUUUCAAAGAGCAAUCAAACAUUACAGUCAAUGUCCAAAUCCAUUAAGAUUCUUAUUUUAUUAGCAAUUUUUAAUUGUGUUUUGUUAUCAGAUUUUGGCUUAUGGACUGCUUUGUGUUUUUUUAAACUUGCUUACAAGAUUAUUGUGCAUAUCUGUAGCUGGAGACUUCCAACAAAACCUCACAGAAAUGCUGUAUUUGAAAUGGACAAAAUUGCCUCAGAAACAUUUUUAUUUGAUUUUAUUCAUUUAGUAGAAGUGUUGCAGAAUUAACUGGCUAACAAGAUGGUGCAUCUUUGUGGCAGUGGGAAGAUACAAUUGCCUCUCACCGUAAACUGCUGUGUUUAACCUCCUGACAGACUGCUCAGAGCUGCUGUAUGGGAGCCUGCGUGCAGAUAAUCUUCUUGUUUGCUUGUCUGCAGCCGUUACUUGGCUACUGGCAAAGAUUAAAAAGAGUUGAUCAUCAAGUUUUGCAAAAUUGAAGCCUUUUCUACAGAGACAUUGUUUACAUUGUUCUGUGAUCAAUUUUACUGCCACUAAAGUAGUAUUAUUUAGGCAGUCACCUCAAUUUACUCAACCCAUUUGUCCCAAAAUGUAAAAUCUCAUACACUAAACAGCUGUUAAGUGAGAUCUGACUAAACCCAAGAAUGAGAAUGAGAGAAGACCAUCGUUGAAACAAAAUGUAAUUAUUAAAGCAAAUUGGGCUUCUAAAUUUGUAUACUUACAUAUUGGGCGAUCCUGUUCCCUGUAAUUUGAUAAUUGCAGUUUUAAAGCAGAGGGAGUGUAAUUAAAAUUCAGUUGGACUGCAAAUCAGCAGUGUCAAAUCAGCUAUCCAUGAUAAACACUGAUCCAUUUUCUUUUCAUUUACUUCAGUGUAAAGCAAAAUCAGAAGAGUUAAUCAAGACCACACUGUAGUUCAUUUAACGCUUCCACCAGAGUCAAAUUUCAUCCUGUAGUCUAAUAGAGGAACAAACCGAAACCCACAUCUGAACUUUAAAAUAUGAAUUUGGCAUUCAAACUAUAUGAGGUCUAAAGUAGAAUAACGGCCUGAUAACUACAGUUAUUAUUUGACUUGUGACACAAUUGAAAGAAUUUGAAUUUGUACAGUGUCUUUUACACCCUCGGAAUUGGGAAAACCCUGCUUUUCUCCAAUGAUUUAAUAUUUUUUUUCGUGUUCAUGAGAGUGGUUUGACAUUCCUGUUGAAAGACAGUGUCUGAGAUAGCAUAGUCCUCCUCAGUAGUGCGGCAAAGUGUUCACUCAGAUUAUGUGCUGAGGUCUCGGGGAUGGGGGUUGAAUUCUCAGCCUUCGAACUGUGAGCUGAGACUGUAACCUCUGGGCCACAGCUGACAUUGAAAUGCUUUUUCUUAAUCCUCUGCCACUGUGCUGAAUAGAGAGAAUGCUGUCAGGACUAGCCUUCCCAUCAAAAACAGACAUCCUGUUUGGCAGUCAGAGUUGUAUGACAGGAACUCUGAAGAUGAGCUCAGCUCAUUGGAUUACAACCCAAUGUUUGAGGGAAAAUUACAUAGUAAGUUAUGUCCUUUGGAGGUCUGAAAAAGAAUUUUAAUUAAGAAAGCAUAAAAUAUAAUUCUAUUAUAAAUUAUUGAUUUCUCACAUUGUUCCAGUGCUAAUUCUCAAAAGGAAAUGAGUGCUGAACAGCAAUGGAGAAGUUGAGCAUUCACUUUGAAAAAUGCUGAACUUCAAGAAAUAAUUCAGACUAUACUGAUUUUUCACUUGUUUAAACAAUUGAGGAAUUUUAAUAUUUUAAUAAAAAUUUAAUAUAGGCAAAAUCGACUGAAAUCUAUUAUUUGAAUUGGUUUAGUAGUGGGAUAGGGUGAAUGGAAGUUUGAUCAGGAAAUUCAGGGGCCUAGAGGCUAAAUAUUACAUGGCCCAUGGGGUGUGUUUUUGAGGAGGGGCGGGGUGGCUGAAAUAUUCAAAACAGAUUGAGUAGCUAACCAGCCACACUUUCACCUGUGCCUGAACUCACUCCAAUAAAAUAGGGUGUGGAUAGAUGCCAAAAGCUGCAGCCUGCCCACUAUAAAUCAAUAAUAAUUAAGGGUCAAAGUAUUAUCCCAAUAUUACCCUGCCCAUGUCACGAUUCAUUUGGAGUGGGUGACCUUUUUUUUUUAAAGUGUUUAUUUUGAACAGUAGGAAUCAUAGGGUGUACAAUCUUCAAUGUGCCUUUUGUGCAUCACAGGCAAACCCUCACAGCACUCUGCCCAACCAAAACUCUGCAUACCUCUCUGCUUGCACUGCAACCCACUAUGGCUUCCCAAUCCCAAAAAUGUUUGAACCAACGCCAUCCAAUGUCUCCAGUUUUCCUCUGUGUAGAAUCGAUGACCGCCAAAUGCACCUGCCAACCCCUCAACCCCUUCCUGUGUUAAGUGCGGCCCUAGAUUUCCACAACAGGAUCCCCAACAGGAAGCCAGCCUGAGGUUCAGGCUUGCAUUUCAUUUGGACAGGGAGCACACCAAAAGUAAGGGCUGAUACUGCUUUUGGGACCCUAAGCUGGGAUAGUGGUGGCAUCAAAUUCCCAACGUCAUAACUUGAUUCCAGUUUUGGGUGUCUUUCUUUGAUGAAUGAUGAGGGUAUAGAUCAUAUUCAAGAGAAGAAAAUAUUCUCCCUUGGAAUGUCCCAUCAAAAUAUUGAAAUAAACAAUCUGCCUCAUGGGAAUGGGUUAACCCAGUUCCACUAAAUCCGGAUACUAGUAUUGGCAACUGAAAGAGAGUUUAAAAUUGGAUUUGAAAUUUCUAAAAUUUGAGCAUUUCUCUUUACUGCAACCCAAUUCCUUUUGGGAAUGUUAACAUUUUCUCAAUUAAAUCAGUUGUGACGAAGCUUGGUUUACUUCCUGUAACAUCAAGUAUAACGACGUCAGGCGCAAACCAGUUCUUCUCAUUUCUCUUUCUGUUUCCCAACUCAGUAACCCCACUUCAGUCAGCUCACCCAAUUAGGAUAGAUGGAGCUGCCCGACCAAUUACAGUCAGCCUUAAGCCCUCAGUAAGUACACAAGAACAAACAAACUAGGAGCAAGAGUAAAUAAUUCAGCCUUUGAGCCCGCUCCAUCAUUUGAUAUGAACAUAGCUGAUCUCACCUUGGUCUCAACUGCACUUUCCUGCCCACUCUGUAUAAACCUUCAACACAUUAAUAAUUAAGAAUCUGUCUAACUCCUGUUUCGAUUUACUCAAUGACCCAGCAUCUAUCCACUCUUCAUGAUUCAUGACUGUUUGAGACAAGUAAUUUCUCCUCAUUUCUGUUUUAAAUCUGCUAUCCCUUAUUCUAAAGCUAUGACCUCUCAUUCUAGAUUGCCCAUGAGGAAACAUCUGUUUUCCAUCUACAUUGUCAAUCCUCUUUAGCAUCUCAUAUACCUCAAUUAGAUCUUCUCUCAUUUUUCUAAACUCCAGAGAGUAUAGGCCUAAACUGCUCAUUCUGUCUUCAUAAGACAAGCUCCUCGUCACUGAAAUCAAUCUCCUCUGAACUGCAACUACAUCCUUCCUCAAGUAAGGGGAUAAAAAUUGCAUGCAGUAAUCCAGGUGCAGUCUCACUAAUCCAUGUACAGAUAGAGCAAUACUUCCCCACUUGCAUAUAGUAUUCCUUUCGCAAUAAAUACCAAAAUUUGAUUUGUCUUCCUUAUUACCCCCUGUGUCUGCACACAAGUUGGCUCCCAUUGCCUCAGAUUUAAAAUUCUUGUCCUUGUGCCUCAUCUCACUUUACCUCUGGAACAUCAUCCAAAGCUACAGUAACCCUGUCUCAACUCUGCAUUCCUUCUUCUCCAUCCAUAUGUUUUUCCCCUUCUCUCUGCUCUUAAUUCAGCAGCCAUGCCUUAAACUGUUUAGAUUACUUU